AUGCAUAUGUAUAUGCAUAUACAUGUAAACUGUUUAUCUUAUGGUUUGUUACACAAAGACCAUCUAAUCUGUUGUAUCAAAAUGCUCAAAGGGAUCUCACCGAAUGAUGCCGUAUCUACAAGUCAACAGGCUCCACCGUCACCCCAGAAUCCUCCCGGUUUCAGACAGCGACGUGGAUCAAUUUUUGUCACAGCACUGGCAGCUGAACAGCAUGGAGCCCCAGGUUCAUCCACAGAUAGUCCAGGAUCUAUGAUAGUUAGACUUGGCAGAUCAAGUACCGGUGGAACAAUUGGUGGUACUAGUGGCAGUAUAUCAAGUACAAAUGGAUUAGCUGGAAUUUUAUCCGACUCUAAUGCUUUGUCAGGAGCUCCUGUUGAAGGUGUCAUUGUAACUCCAUUUGCUCAAUAUCAGAAGGCAGAAAACGAUUCUCGACCAGAUAUACAGUAUACUAUAAUAUCAGCCUCUCCCUUUGAGAAAGAUACCUUUGAAAGUCUGGGAAACUUUAAUCCACCCGCUUGGCAUCAGUUUAGUAAAGAUGAAAAUAGGGCUAAUUUCGAAAAUCCAAUAGUUCUUUUGGUCAGCUUGCUUAAUCCUCUUUCUAGAGGAGAAAUAAAAAUGAAGAAAAAUGACAAUGGCUCGCCCAAUGGAAAACUGGAAGUUAAUCCAGCAUACCUUAGUGAACCAAAUGAUGUCAAUCGGUUAGUAGAAGGUAUCAUUUGGAUAUACAAAGCACUAAACUACGUCAAUGCAAUGAACAAACUCAAUUUAACAAUUUCAAAUACUAAGAAACCGAUAAGCAUAAAACUACACCUUCCGCAUUAUUUCGGAUGUCCAAAAAUACCGAAAGCUGAAAGUGAAAAAAGCUUUGAACAGACCAAUUUUUCUGAGGAAUUGAAAGAAGCUAUUGCCUGCCUUACCAAAUCAACAACUUUGUCCAAUUAUCACACAGUUGGGACGUGUGCUAUGAAACUACAGAAUACGAAUUAUCCAGCUGUUGUUGAUCAAAACUUCAAGUUAAUCGGAGUGAACAACGUGCGCAUUGGUGAUGCCUCAGUCAUUUCGAAAAUUCCCACUGGUAAUCCUGCUGCACUGAUAAUGGCUAUUGGAAAUCAGUUGGCCAAAUAUGUAGUUCGUGAAAACUGGCAACAGUUGAUCAUGACAACGAAUUCCAAGUAG